UAGGAGUUGAGAGGUGAUUCUUCAGUUUUAGUCUGGUUUGGCCAGGCAGUAUUGCAUGUAUUCACCUUCUGUUGCAGUCAUGCUGAGAGUGUUGUUUUGGACCUUUGUGCUUGUGAAGCUCUGUACAGCCAGCGGUCAAGAUUUUUAUCAGAGCCAGAGAGCUAAAGAUUAUGCACCAUUGCCACAUUCAUCCAGAUAUAUUGUGUCUUUGCAAACCUCAAAAGGCCAGCAUUUCUGUGUAGGAUCACUGGUUCAUAAAUACUGGGUUCUCACUGCUGCACAUUGUAAUACAGGGGUGGAUCAGAUGAUGAUAGUGGCUGGAGACAACUCUCUCGGCAAGUACGAAGGGAUGGAGCAGUAUUCCAAACCUCAUUCUUUUACCCCUCACCCACUGUACAACAAGAGCAGCUAUAACGCAGACAUCAUGCUCAUUAAGCUCCGGGCUCCAAUAAAGCUGAACAGGUAUGUUUCCCUGGCUCCUCUUCCAAAACAAAACACAGGAGUGCUGCCUGGCCAGUCGUGUCAGGUGUCUGGUUGGAGAUCCACAAGCCAGGGCAAGGGUGUGAGCCUCCUUACACUUCACUCUGUAAAUCUGCCCAUCAUCUCCACAGCUAAGUGUAAUAGCAGCAAGUCCAUCAAUGGAAGUAUUACAAGCAAUAUGAUCUGUGCUGACUACAGAACUGGAGGAAAGGACACAUGCAAGUGGGAUUCUGGAGAGUCGCUCGUGUGUAAGGGACAACUUUAUGGCCUUUCCUCCUGGGGAAACAUCUGUGGGGAUACCGGUUUUCCCCGAGUCUACACGGCUGUGGCCAGGUUCCGCAGGUGGAUAGACCGUACCAUUUACAGGUCCUUUAUACGAUGUCAAAGAAAGUACGGAAAUCCACUGGCCUUGAAAUCCAUCUUGGGUGAUGUGUAGAUAUAGGACAUAUAAAAUGUCAGAAUGUGACAUACAUACAUGCAUGCAAACCAAUACAUUCAUAUUUACUGUAAAUUUGUCAAUACAGCUAUAACACUGUAUAAAAGUAUACAUUUUUGAGUAACUAAGGAGUGGAGCAAAUCUCUGUGCAAAGCUAGAAGUUAUAGCUGUAUAAUAAAUAUCUUUAAAAGCGGACAAAUGAAUUAAAUAAUGACAAAUAUUGUAGAAUUGAAUAAGCUGAAGUACACAAUGAAAUGGUUAAUAGAAACGUGUAUGCUUAUGAAUUACGUCUGUAUAGCAAGCAAGAUUGGGUGUGACAGCACAGUUUUUUGUUAAAGCUGGCAUUGAGACAGAGUUUCUAGUUUCACUGCCUGCUCUUGAUAUCAUGGUGUAAAAUGAUCCCAGCAGUAGAUAGUAAGAUACUGUGUUAACAGCCAUUCACACCUAUUUAUUCAUACAUGUUACAAAGCCGUUUUAUUAUUGUCACCCUUUCGCCAAACUGAAAGGCAUUCACUGCAUUGUUCCAUUGAAAACAAUUGGAUCAGUAUUCGGUGUAAAGCCGGAUUCUGUUACACCAUGCUUAAUACCAGUGGUGAACCUGUAAACAGCUUGUAUGUUGCUAUAUAUUAAAAUAUCCUCAAAGAGAUUUGGUUCAGACUGGUGCAGAUAUAUGUAGUCAAAGUAUGACAGUCACAAUCACUCGUUACUUAAGUAAAGCAGGCCUACUGAAGGCAGGGAGUGAAAAAUAGUUCUAUAUCGACCCAUCAGGAUGGACCCUUUUUGACGUUUGGUAAAUGAGUAGAGCUCAGCCAAUGCUCAGUUGCACAGUGGGAUUUUUUUUUGCUUGCUAUCUCUCUUUCAAAUAUACUUUUUCCUUCCUUAUUUGUAUCAUGAUAAGUGAUUUGACUAUGAGUUUCUCCUGAAAUCAGUCAGGGCUAUUUUCACCCACUCCAUGUAAGAUUGCACAGACAAACAAAAAUAAACAAAUGCAAAAAAAAAAAAAAAUCAACCUCGGCUGGCCUUGAACUUGCAUCAUGUCUCUUUCCAACCUACUACAAAAACAAGUGAAAAAGCACAGGAAUGUAAACAGCUGUCUGCCUUUUUGGACUGAGGCUUGCGUCAGACAUCUCUACGCUCGCUGCUGUAUGAGUCAUGGUGAUCAUACAGAAUCUACUGUACUGUUCGAGUGGACCAGCUGUGCUGCUAAAUUCUUUCCAAUGACUGAAUGUGUAAAUGCAUUUUAUUAGGAAACAUAGUAG